AUGACAACGACGAAGAAGAUCAACACGCCAAUGCAAAAAGAAGAAAACUACGAAGAUGACUACGAAAAGGAAGAUUACGAAGAAGAAAAAGAUGAAGAACGUCACCACCACCACCACCACCACUACGAAGAAGAAGAAGAAGAAGGGCACGAAGAAAAGAGAGAGACUACGAAGAAGACGAUGAAGAAAAAAGCUAUAAAGAAGAAGAAAAUAAAGAUUACAAAAAAAAUUGCAGAGAAAAAAAUACACAUUCCAAAGAAGAAGAAAACUACUAGUAUGAAGAGGAUGACUACAAAGAUUAUGAAGAACAAGAAAAAGAAGGUAGGCUGGAAAUACUACGAAGAAGAAGACCAUGAGGAGGUAGAAGAGGAAUACUACAAAGAAGAAGAAGAAGAUGAUGACAAUGAUGAAAAAGAUUAA